AUAAGAUGUGUUGUUUGUUUUAUUCACAAUUCACAAACAGGAAUCUUUCCAUCUCUGAUUUUCUUUUCCGCAAUUCACAAACCCUAACGACGAAAAUGCAUCGGAAAUCUUAUCAAAUUCUAGUCCAAUUGCCGGACCUACGAGUUUGCUCUGUCGCCGGCGAUCAAACCAUAUCCGACUUAAAACGCUCCCUCCUCUCCAAUUCACAGUACCUUCCAUCAUCCUUCUAUUUCACCCUCAAUGGAAAACCAAUCUCCGAUGAUACUACCUUCUCCACAUCCCGAAUCGCACCUCUUUCAACCCUAGUUCUCCAAUCACGGCUACUCGGCGGAGGUGGAGAUGGCGGCGCUACAGGCGCCGAGUCGCGCGAUUGCUAUCUUAAAAUGUACGCGGAGAAGAAACCGGAUAAGGUGGAUCCAAACGAGCAGAGGCUAUCCAAAUGGCAGAACUGUGCUUUAUCGAAUGAACCUUUGAGGGAACCCUGCGUGAUUGAUAAGCUCGGGAAUAUAUUCAAUAAGGAAUCGUUGGUGGAAGCUUUGCUAGGUAAGAAGCUUCCGAAGGAAUUUGGGUAUAUCAAGGGUUUGAAGGAUAUGAUCAAAAUUAAGCUUUCGUCGAUUCCCGGUGAGGAUGAUGGGGCUAAGUUUCGGUGUCCCGUUGCGGGGCUUGAAUUUAAUGGAAAGUAUAAGUUUUUCGCUUUGAGGAAUUGUGGGCAUGUUUUGAGUGCAAAGGCUUUGAAGGAGGUUAAGUCUUCAACUUGUUUGGUUUGUCAUGAGGAAUUUGGUGAGGCUGAUAAGAUUGUGAUAAAUGGGAAUGAAGAAGAGGUUGAGGUUUUGAGGGAGAAGAUGGAGGAAGAAAAGGCGAAGGUUAGGGAGAAGAAAAACAAGAAAGUGAAGAAUAGUAAUGAUAAUGAGGCUGUGAAUGGUUUGAGUUUGGAAGGAUCAAAAUUGAGUGGUACUAAGCAUGAUUUGGCUGUGGAGAAGGCUUCGGCGAAAGUGGAAAAAAAUGGGAAGGUUGCUAAUGGUAACAAAAAUGUUAAUGGUGGUGCUGCGGCUGCUAAGCGUUUCAAGGCAACUGAUAUUGCCCCGGCAAAUGCUACCGAGGUCUAUGCCUCUAUUUUUACUUCUUCUAGGAAGUCUGAGUUUAAAGAAACAUAUUCUUGCAGAUCUUUGCCUCUUGGUAGAAAUUAACUGUCUUAUAUGGUGUACAAGUUUGUACUGUUUUAUCCGUGUUAAUGUACUCAAUUUUAGUUUGUUAGUGAUGAUGUAAUUGCUGGUUUCAUUCCCAACACAUCUUAUCAUUAAUCUAUUUCUUGCUUUAGUAUUGUA